AGCUAGAGUAGAAACUAGAAAAUGAGGUGUGGAAGGAAGUGGCAUCUCAAUUAUAAACUUAGUAAAUAACUUUAACCAGUAGUAGCCUAUAUAAUGUAUUGAAUAAGUUGAAGGAUGUAUUUAUUAUUGAUACAAAUAAUUAGAUGCUGCCUCAAAUAACAUCUUCAUAAUAAGUAACUAAAUUUCUCAUUGAAGCUAGAAUUUACGUCUGGUCUAUUUUAUUGGAACGCAUUAAUUUAUUUUCUACCGUUGUUAGCACUCGUCAAUCUUUGCUAAGUGCCAAUGCUUGAGACAAUGAUAAAGAAUUUCAGUUUGAUAAGUGAAGAGCUACCAACACAUAGAAGAUUAGAUUACGUCAAAGUUGUUUAAAUUUGAAGGUAACAAAAGGUUUUAUGUUUAUUCAAUUGGAGGAAAUACUGUGCAUUGCCAUUUUUGAUACGUUAUUUCAAAAUGAUGGCCUCUCCGGUGAUGCUGUUUGUCUUAUUGGUUUAUUUGGGUGCAACUCAGAAGGUAUUCGGUAUGCCAGAAAAUGUUGUUGGAGAUUCCAAAUCACUAUCAAUCAGUGAAAAACUAGAAGAGAACAGCUUCACAUCUUUGGGUUACGAAUUAAUUGAAACUGCUGACAUUUUCCUGAGAGGCUUGACUGAUAAGUAUUCCGAUAUGAAUGAUCAAAUGGAAAAAUCUAUAAAGGAAUAUGACGGAUCAUCGAUUGAUAACUCUAUUGACUGUACAUCAACGGAAGCAGUAGAAAUGAUGAGCUUAAAGAAAACUUUUGAUUACUGCAAUAACAUGACACUUGAGCUAACAGAGUUGAAGAAAACAGCGGCUGAACUUAUAAAGGCUUUCCAAGACAUCGGAAUGUCGUCAAGUGUGGUUGUUUCUGAAUUUUAUGAAUGUACACUGAAGCCCAACCCUUUCAUUCAGGCUUCUUGUGUUAUGCAAGUCUUCCUUAAUCUCCAAACAUCUUACAUCGCUCAAAAACCAAGAUUCAAAAAGCUGUACGCCAAACUUUCGAAGUCCUAUCGUCUCAUCUACAUAGACAUGUGGCAAUGCUUCUACGCUGACAGCUCUUUUUCAAAAUCAAUUCCAAAAAUGGCUCAAUACUCUGUUAUGUGUAAUUGAUGAUCAUUCAUCAAUAACAAAAUACUGAAAUAAAUGUAAUAAAAUGUUUUUCUCAUAAGA